GUCCAGCAGCACAAAGCUGAGCAGCUUCAGGAUGGGGAAGAGUACCGAUAUCGGCUGAUGGAGAUCAAGGGCACUGCCGCCCAGAAGCUAGAGGUGGUGCGGCAAGUCCACAGUACUCUGGAGUUCCGCGGAAGGGAUGCAGGUCCUGCUGCCAACCCGGUCGCCGGAGGCUACCCGACUCCUGGUAUGUCCGGUUUGGGCCUGGGCCUCGCAGGCGCUUUAUCGGCUAACCGGUCUCCUCCGGGUGCGGGAUUUGGUCCAGGCGCUUUUGCCAGCUCGCUCUCCAACACCAGCGACCUGGGUCAGCUGACGUUGCAGAUUGCAAUGCCCAACGAGGAGGUCUCCCGCAUCAUGGCUUCGGAGUCCUCUGGCAUUGCACGAAGGGCAG